CGCCCAAUGAAAACGACCUAGAGGCUUCAGCGGUUUUUCGAAUGAGUCUCAUUCCCAGCUGUUUUGAGUCAUUGUUGUGACUACUUUGGAUUUCCACAAAUAACUUUCAGUUCUGGAAGAAAACUAUAUUAUUUAUAUGGAGCAUUUCUCCUCUGUCCCUUUUCGCAUCGAUCAAUAUAUUCAACUAUCACAUGCCCAAAUAAAGGCCUGUAGACAGGGGUUUUACAAUGCUUUUGCUUUCGGCCUUCUGUUUCUUAUUUCUGGAGUUGCCUUAGCUGUGUAUUACACCUUACAGAUUUUCUUUAUGCCGCUAAUGUGGGCCUUUUUGUGUGGGACAGUGCUGUAUCCGUUUAAGAGUUCUCUAACUGAUAUUAUCCGUGGUUGGAUAAGACGUGUGGACGCUGAAGACCAGUUGCUUUUGGUGGAAACUAUUGUCGUACCUUUUCGAAUCCUUAAUGCACUAUCUUCCAUUUUACUCCAUAAAGCAUCUGACUACUCGAGUCUAUUGAAGUCUUCAUUGUUUCUUCUUCUAACUUUCCAUGUAUGUUCUUUCUUCGACUUUUUCUGGCUACCCGGUUUGUUUUCAAAUGCAGCAUGUCUUUGCAUCUCACUUAUUGACUAUGUAUUGGGUCUGAUGUCGUUUAAGCUGGUUGCCACUUUAGGUGUCGCGCAUGCUAUAACGGCUUUAGUACAACCGUGCAGUUUCUACUUUGUACAUACGGUAUCGCAUUUGUUCUGGGUGAUUUUAUUGUUAUGGUGUACAUCGUUCGCUGGCGUUUUGAGGUUGCCAGUGUUUUUCACUUCAGUUGCGGUUCUAGCAAUUGGAUAUUGGUGCUUUGGUGACACGAGUGAUGGAACUUACCAAGAACGGUGGGCUUCUUGUCACACAGUUACUGCGGUAGACGGAGGAUCUGGUGACCAUGUUAGGAAUGCUGUUUCCUGUGAUACACUUACGACAGCAAAUAUGGAACGUAGCCAAUUUUCCGAAAGCUCCGAACAGAUAUUCCAUAGUCAAGCAGAAGACGGAGAACGACGAGACCAACGUGGACGUCCACAAAGAUGGUCGCAGUUUCUGCGACAAGCUUUGCUUUCAAUACCGACAGGAUCAGACUAUGGGUUCGACCCAGUUAGUGAGUUACGUGCUUUUAUGUCUGAACAAUUUCGUUUGACAUCUGCAAAGUCCAACAGUGCAGUUUUCGACAGACAAAGAUUCUUUGAAACAAAUGAUUCAAUUCAUCAUCCAGAAUGCAUUUUUGAUGCUACCGACAGAAAUCCAUCUGUUCAUUCGGCUGGUUCAUUUGUUAAUUGUUGUUUUCUUGCACUAUGUUGGGCUCAUUUUCUUGUCAUCAUAUGGUUGUAUCAAUGGCCACUGCAUUUGGUUUGUUUUGUUCUCAUUUGUGUUGGAAUUUUUCGCUUAUCACAAUACCUACAAAUACAAGAGUUAUCACGUUGGCUUUUCUGUAAACUGAGUGGUAUUGUGCAAGCUUUUGUACCAAAUUUAAGUAUGGCGCAAAGACGAUCCUACUUGAAAUCACUUAUCCCUAAACCUGUGCAUGGAUUAUUCACACUUCUGUCGUAUUGUGAUAGAAAGCUUUGUCAUUGUUUGGAUUCAUGGUUGGACAGUGUAGUCACCCUAUUCAUUCUUAUCUUCUUCAUUUUCGCAUUUUGUCUGUUGACAAUGUUUUUGGCAUUUCAAGUUCAUAAUGAAAGUAUUCGUUUGGUAUCUUUAACGAGUGAUCUGAUUAACAAAGCUAUGAAUAGUGAAGCAUAUAGCUGGCUUCCUAAAAAAGAACAAGUUGAUGGUAUGUUUGGCGUCUUGGCUGCAAAUGCUUAUCAGGCAGGACGUAGUUGGAUAUCUGAUAGAACAAAUGAACUUUUUGAAGGUGAUCCGAAUUCAAAAGCUAUAUUGAAAGAGCAACUUUUAGAUCUAUGGGAGAAUGUUUAUAAUUCUUUUAUAAAUCAGCCUAUCAACAAUACAGUGGGCAUCAAUGAGUCAAGAAGUUAUAAACCAAGUUUACCUUUUAUGCCUAAUAACACUUAUAAUCAUGUUGAUUCAAGUCGUCGUGUAUCAAAUACUUUUGGAGUUGUACCAUCAAAUAGAUUUUCUAUCAACACAACGUGGAUAUUUAAUCGUCAUGCUUUGAGUUCUCUGUUUGUAAUUAUAAAACAGAAUUUGGGUACACUGGCAACUGUUACAGAAUCAUUAUGGAUUUUUGUACGCAGUAAUUUAAAUUUGAUAGCACAUUUUAUUACUGUGGUACUUUCGUCAAUCAUGAGUGGAGGACAUGUGGCAGUCAAUUUUAUCAUUGCUUUCUUGAUUUUUCUUACAGUUCUUUAUUAUGUGUUAGCUGCUAGUGGAUCGUGUUACCUUCCUGUUGCUUUUAUCACUUCACUAGCACCGAGUACGCCUAAAAUGAAUUCAUUGAUUACACGUUUCUCUUCAACUGUUGAAAUGGCUAUUAGUGGAGUAUUUGUUGCAACAUUGAAAUUGGCUGUAUUCUACGGAUUGUAUACAUCACUCACUCAUACUAUAUUUGGCUUAGAUCUUGUAGUAAUUCCAUCUGUAUUGGCUGCUUUACUUGGUGCUGUUCCAAUUAUUGGAACAUAUUGGGCUGUACUACCCGGUGUAAUUGAAAUUAUAAUCAUUCGUCAGUCAUUAACUCAAGCUGGUCUACUCAUAAUUUUUCACUUAUUACCAACCUAUUUUGUUGAUGUCGCAGUUUAUAGGGAGAUUAAAGGAGCUGGUCAUCCAUAUUUCACUGGUCUUGCAAUUGCUGGUGGGAUAUACUAUCAAGGUCCUGCAGGUGCUUUAUUUGGUCCCAUUCUCCUGUGUUGUUUUUUGGUUGGAAUGAAUAUGUUUCGUUGGAUUCUAGACUCUAGCAAGACAGAGUUUCCUGUCAGUCAAUGUGCUCACAAGUCACACUAUUCACCAACAGCUUCUUUGAAUCUGGAUUGCCCAUAUCGAACCUCGAAUUCAUUUUACACUCCUACUCCAUACCAUAGUGUAAACUCGAAUAUUAAACGUUCUGCUUUAUCUUCGAAAUAUCGUAGGCCUAUUUUCAAACGACGAUCAAAAUAUCAAUUUACAAAAAAUUCGUUUUCAAUGCCUGACAUUUCAGAUAUAUCGGAUGAAUCGGGUCAAAAUGCACAAUCCAGUCAAAAUACAACUAAGCCUGUUUCACCAAGUAUAAAUAUACAAUAUGCGCAUACAUCAACCCCAGCACCUAGAUGCGUACCGUUUCAACGUUGAUUUGAUUAACCAAAGAAGAAUUCAAUUAUUCAUAGUUUUAUGUACUUUACAUCGUACAUCGUUUCUCUCUUUACCUCUAUUAGAUAAUUACGAGUUUUUUCUUUCCAGUUGGUUCAUUUAUUUUUUUGGCAUCAUGCUUCAUUCAUUGAACAAUGAUAUUUACAUUCCUCAUAUUUUUAUAAGUUUUGGUUUGUUCUCUAUGGAGUAAUUGCGCGAGCAUUUAUUAACUAACUCACUCACUAACUAAUCAGUCUUCUUAUGCCUUUUCUCUAUGAUGAAUGAGUAAAUACAGCAUUUAACAACAGAAUCGGUGUAUCACGCAAAUUACUUAACGCCUCCACCAUUUCUGUCUAUGUAUGCUUAUACAACAUGUAUGUAUAUCGCUGUCUUUGCGUCUGUGUGUGUGUGGGUGGGUGUGUAAGCUUUAUUGUGUGCUCUUGUUCAUUCUCUUCCUUUUUUCUCUCUUAUCACCAAUUUAUUGUUUGAGUAAAUGUUUUAACAGACGUCAUCUUCGCGUUUUCUUCUUUUGUUUAUUUUUUUUCACAUUUAUUUCUAAACCAAAGACUGACUAUGCAUUGUGACUGUGUUUAUCUUGCGUAGCUUAUACGCGUCUCCCUUUUUCGUGUCUAUUGUGUUUGUGUCUUCGUUUUUUUGUUUCGCUUUCCGCUCCUCUUCGUUGCAUCAUCCUGGUCAAUAUAGAUAAAUAUAUUUUGUUUUUCUGUUUAGGCACGCUUAUGCCGUGAUAAUUCUCACAGAUUUAAAAUGUCAUUUUAAAUGUUGCAUUAUUAUUAUUAUCAUUGAGAUUUUUAAUGCAGCAGAGACACUAAUGUUCAACUUUUUUUGUUGUUGUUCUUCUUUUGAUAAUGUAGACGAAAACGGUGUUGACGUCUUCAUUUUGCGUCGAAUUCAAUUCGUCUCGUUAAGUAUACGCUUUUAAACUAUGUGACGUUGAAGGGCUAGUUGCGCAUAUGCCAGUUUACGCCGUCUCUGAUGUAAAGGUGAUAUCCGACUAUCGACCAAAGAACGGGUGUACUGCUCAUCAGUCCGCUCCGUCCUCCUGUAUGGCUGUGAGACCUGGCCACUGAGAGUGGAAGACAUGAAGAGACAGGCUAGCUGUCUUUGAUCAUAGGUGCCUGCGUUCUAUCUCCCGUGUGAAGUGUUAUAAUGAGGUGAGCAAUAUUGAGGUUAGUCCCUGUCGAGUGCUAGGUAAGGAGGGGAAGUCAAUGGACGAGGCUGUGAAGUUACAUCGACUGAGAUGGUUAGGACAUGUGUUACGUAUGCCUAGCCAUCGCCCUCCUCGAGAAUGGGCAAUGUUAGCGGAAAUAGGGUCAGGCUGGAAAAGAACUAGCAGCAGUCAAACCAAAACAUGGCACCAGUCAAUGAGAUCUACAACAAUUAGUUUAAGCCAGCAUGUAGGAAGAUGCUGACUUCAUGUUUGGGGUCCUCGGGACGUUAAAAAUCUAUGGUUGGAAACAAUUGGUGACAUGGCUCAAAAUCGUUCUCAGUGGCGCAGAUGCAUCCACUCCUUGUGACUUAUGAUCUCCAAUGAAACUGUUUUGUUCUUCGUUACUACUUUUCCUUUGUCUCACCCCCCUUUUUGCUGUCUUUGCUAUGGUUUUCUUCUACCUUCUUCUCUUGCUUUGUGUGCUACAUGGGGGAGUGUGGCGACUUGAACUGCUGCACAUCAGUGCAAAGUUCUAUGUCGAAAACAGACAGAUGUGACGUUGACGAUAAAUGUAAUGUAAUUG